GGGGGGGCAUGGGGGGGGGGCGGAUGGCGGCGGGGCGGCGCCAUGUUGCGGUGGCUGGUCGCGCUGCUCAGCCGCUCCUGUUUGGUCUCCAAGGGCGGCGCCAUGUUCUACGCGGUGCGCAGGGGCCGGCGGACCGGCGUCUAUCGCACCUGGGCGGAGUGCCAGCAGCAGGUCGACAGGUUCGCCGCCGCCAGCUUCAAGAAGUUCGCCACCGAGAGGGAAGCCUGGGCCUUCGUGAACAGCGGCACGCCCGGGGAGCAGCAGCCCGGGCCGGCAGAUGCCCAUGGUCCUUCAGCUGUAACACAGGAAAAUACUAGCCAGAGAGAGGAAUCAAAAGAAGAUAUCUUGUGUUGCAGUACGUGCAAAAGGCCUUACGAACAGUCUGCGAAUGAAGAACAUACUGCCAAACGUGCAAAACAUGAUGAGGUGCACUUGGCACCAACAGUCAGCGGAGAUAAAUUUUCAUAUAUGGGUGACUUUGCAGUCGUUUAUACAGAUGGUUGCUGCUCGGGUAACGGGCGUAACAGGGCACGUGCUGGAAUAGGUGUCUACUGGGGACCAGGCCACCCUUUAAAUAUCAGUGAAAGACUUCCUGGACGGCAGACUAAUCAAAGAGCUGAAAUACAUGCAGCCUGCAAAGCAAUUGAGCAAGCGAAGAGUCAGAACAUCAAGAAACUAAUCAUUUACACUGAUAGCAAGUUCACUAUUAAUGGUAUUACGAGCUGGGUUGACAACUGGAAAACAAAUGGCUGGAGAACAAGUUCGGGAGGAAGUGUAAUAAAUAAAGAAGAUUUUGAAAGACUUGAUAAUCUAUCAAAAGGCAUAGAAAUUCAGUGGAUGCAUAUUCCUGGUCAUGCUGGUUUCCAAGGAAAUGAAGAAGCUGACAGACUAGCAAGAGAAGGAGCUAGUAAACAAAUGUUGUGACAUAUUGGGACUAGAGACUACUGCAUUUGCAGGAAAAGGACUAACAUUGCAGUGACGAUUUGAACUGCUGUUUUCGUUUCAGAGUUGAACUUUGAACUGUGCUUAUUUGUGGCCUGAAGCGCUAAUCGUACACCAACAUCUAGGGAGAAAAAAAAAAAACAUUUUCUUCUGCACUGUUUGCUUUACAAUCAAGUCAAUAUUUAGUUGAUGAUAUACAGUGUUUGCUUUUUUCUCCAUCUUAACCGAAGCGCUGCUGUCGGUGUUUUUUAGCAGUCUCACAGACACUUGGAUUCACCGGAAAGACAGACUUCUGGAGAAAUUACAUUAAAUCUUCAUCCUAUGUGUUCUGUAUUUCCCUCUUAUGAAAUAAAUUAAUUUUUUUUGUACAGAGAUACAUAUUAACAGUGCAAACUCAUUGAGGGGCCUGGAGCGAGUUGGUUGGUUUGGUAAGAGAUAAUAACCUAACAUGGAGAUGUCCGUUAAUGUGCCUUGGCAUUCUGACAGCAGCAGUAAUCUCUCUGCAGGUGGGCUUGCAAUGCUCACGUGUACCUCAUGGUAUCGCCAGUGACAGCGUCUGUAGAUUUCUUCAUUAUGUUACUUGCUAUUGCAAGUUGGCACAAACAAAUUAAAAACCCAGGUCACGAGAAAACUUGAACAAUCAAUUUUUACUGUUCUUCUCUCUAGCUGCUUAAAUGUCCAAGCUCUUUGUUUCUGGCUUCCUGUCUCCAAGAAGUCAUUUUUUUAAUGCAUACCAGUUCUCAUUAUCAUUGUUUAGCUUCCUCUUCACUGUUGUCCCAGAGGUAAUAAUUGGCCAUUUCAUCUGAAAUGGAACGAGAAGAUGAUCAGCUUCUUUGUAUCUUCCGGGUGUCAAGUGUUUGACUUCAUUUUUUCCAGUCAAUGAUGAGACUAAUGGAAUGGCUAAUGUGCACUUGAAUUAGAGAGUAAUUACUACUAAUCAACAAAAGUUUUAUUUUCUAUGCAUCUAUAUAGAAAGAGCAAAUGUUUGCUACAUUAUCCUUGUCAGCUUCUUUGUAAGACACCUUAAUGCCACUGAGUAGUAGGACUUAGGCUACAAGUCAUUGAAUCUUUUUCAUAUUUGUUAAUUGCUGUAUAAAAUGGUGGAGCUGCUGAA